GUCAUAUCAGUUUACCAUUUUUAGCUCCUAUUAAGCUUAAAACUAGCAGACUUAUCCGUACAUUUUAUCUAAUUUUCCUACUAUUUCGGUAAGACUGUUUUACAAUUUUUGUCUGGAAAUUGUAAAUAUUUGUGGAAUUUUUUCCCCCAUGAGUUUGGCACACCAAAUUGGUUUUAUUUCUGGAACGCCACUAGAGGUCCGAACGGAAAGUGUUACCCGAGAGGCGCCGGCGAAGGCGGCGAAGACGGCGGCGGUGUCGAUUUCACCAUUGUGGAGGAGGACGGCAGGUGAGGCGAGAAAUCUCCGGAUUUCGGUUCAGAAUCUGGCGGCGAAGGCGGUGCUGAGAGGCGGCAUUCCGGCGGAUCUGGCGGUGGAGAGGGAGGAUCAUAAGAUGGGGAGCCGCAGCAGAGGCGUGCCGGUGUUCGUGAUGAUGCCGUUGGAUUCGGUGAAGAUGGACCACACGAUGAACCGGAAGAAGGCGAUGAACGUGAGCCUACAGGCGCUGAAGAGCGCCGGAGUGGAGGGGAUAAUGGUGGACGUGUGGUGGGGGCUGGUGGAGAAGGACUCCCCUCGAGAAUACAACUGGGCCGGCUACUCGGAGCUCUUGGAAAUGGCGAAGAAACACGGCCUCAAAGUACAGGCCGUUAUGUCCUUCCACCAAUGCGGCGGAAACGUCGGCGAUUCCUGCAACAUUCCUCUUCCAAGGUGGGUGACUGAGGAGAUAAACAAGGACCAAGACCUUGCUUAUACUGAUCAAUGGGGGAGGAGGAAUUACGAGUAUGUAUCACUUUCUGUUGACACCCUUCCUGUCCUAAAGGGAAGGACUCCUGUUCAGUGUUAUUCAGAUUUCAUGGUGGCUUUCAGGGAUGAAUUUCACCACUUGCUAGGUGAAACCAUAGUUGAAAUUCAAGUUGGAAUGGGUCCUGCAGGAGAGCUCCGGUACCCCUCCUAUCCAGAGCAAAAUGGGACAUGGAAGUUCCCUGGAAUUGGAGCUUUUCAGUGCUUUGAUAAGUACAUGGUGAGGAGCUUGAAGGGUGCAGCAGAGGCUGCAGGCCACCCUGAAUGGGGUCACUCAGGUCCAACAGAUGCUGGGGAAUACAACAGUUGGCCUGAAGACACAAACUUUUUCCGGAGAGAAGGCGGCGGCUGGAACAGCCCUUAUGGUGAAUUUUUCCUGUCCUGGUAUUCCCAAAUGCUUUUGGACCACGGCGAGAGGAUUUUGCAGCCAGCCAAAUCAACUUUUGAGGGCUACAAGGAUGUUAAAAUAUCAGUCAAGGUUGCCGGCAUCCAUUGGCACUAUGGCACCCGGGCGCACGCCCCCGAACUCACGGCCGGGUACUACAACACCCGGUCCCGAGACGGAUACCUCCCCAUCGCCCAAAUGCUGGUCCGACACGGCACCAUCUUCAACUUCACCUGCGUCGAGAUGAGAGACCACGAGCAGCCACAGCACGCGCAAUGUGCGCCCGAGAAGCUCGUUAAGCAGGUCGUGCUAGCCACCCGAGAAGCCCGGGUUCCCCUCGCUGGGGAGAAUGCAUUGCCUCGGUUCGAUGGCUCUGCGCUCGAACAGAUAGUGAAAGCUGCAGCACCGAAAUUUGGCGAUGGCACGAAAAUGUGUGCGUUUACUUACUUGAGAAUGAACCCGGAGUUGUUCCAGGCUCGGAACUGGAUACAGUUUGUGGGGUUUGUGAAGAAGAUGAAGGAAGGGGAGCAGAGAAGAGAGUGCGAGGCUGAGCAUUUUGUGCAUUCAAAUGAAUCAAAUCCUCCAUUGGUGCAAGAAGCUCUCGGGCAUUAAGAGCCUCCCGAGGAUGGCAGCGUAUAUAUUAUUGUUAGUUUUACCACAUGAUUAUUUUAGAUUUAAACUUUAGUUUUCAAUUCAAUGUUAGUUGAAAUGAAAAGUAAAUUACCAUCCCAUCCAUAGUAAAA